AUGGGCGAAAGUGACCCAUACCCUAGCCAAAACCUGGCACAUUGGAAGCAGUUUCAAGUUUCAACAGCAAUUGGUAAAAUAGAAAUAUAUAAUUAUAGUGGCACAUUGAAACUUGAAAAGAAUGCUUUCCUCUCCAGAAUCAGCGCCUUGAAACGGGUCUCUUUCUUCUACACCCACCACCGCUCCAGUGAAUACACUACAAUGGGAGGUGGACUACUAUCUCACAAAGGAAAUGGCAGUGGGAGUGGGCACAAGGGAAGGCCCUAUGUGUUGAUGUUACUUUUGGCAUUUGGGGCUGCACUGCUUGGUGUUAUGGUGCUGCACAAGUUCAGGGAGAGACGCAUCUUCAACCUUCUUAUCGAAGAUAAGAACCGUCAGCUCCUUUCCCUUCAGCUACUGUUGCAGAAGGAAAGAGAAUACACCAAAGACAUGAGAAGGAAAGCUGAAGAGACAAAAGCAAAGAUAUACUACCUUAGAAACCAAAAAAUGGAGCUUGAUCGUAGGCUGUUGGACAUGCUAUCUACACUUGAUUCCCUUAAAGAUGAGCAGAAGGCCAUGGAGUCUGCUCUGGAAGAGAAAAAGAGAGAAAUCAAACUGCUACGCGAUAAAGACUUGAAUACAGGAAAUGAGAACCCUCAGAUGAUAGCUCUAACAGCAACUUUGAAGCAAAAGGAAGCUGAAAUUGAGGAAUUGAAGCACCGUCUUACAGGCCAAGUAAGGGUUUGGUCAGUAAGUACUGAUGACCCAUCGAAUCCUAAAGUAAAUAUGACAAAGGGGAAGACAGAGUUCAGCCGUCAGGAGAGUAGUCGAGUACAUGAAUCUUCAUACAAGGGCGGGCACGGUUCAUCGAAAGGUCAGGAUGGAACUGAGACUAAAUUCAGUUUUUCGCAAGAGGAAGACAAAGGAGAAGGGUUUGAAGAUGGAAAUGAGAAAAGAGGUGGACAGCAGCAGAAACUUGAAAGUACGGGAGAAAAUGCCAAAAAUCAGGGAGCCAUAAGAGAAAUGAAAAUUGGGGAUGCUGAUGAUACAGGCAAUUAUGGAGUAGAUGGGAAGAAGAAUCAUGCGAAUGCCAUUGAUACGAUUAAUGAUGUGGAUAAUGAACAAGAGAAGAGAAGUAGCUUCGGUGGGCAGCUUGGAAAACGUAGAGAUCCUCACCUGGAAAGUGAACGAAUUCGUGAAGGUGGCAAGAAGCUGGACAUAGAUGAGAAUUCUAGGAUUUCAAGUUUACCAGGGAGGGUCGGCCACUUAAGCAGAUCAAAAGGGAAAAGAUGGAGAAGUCUUGCUAGGAAUAGGCUCCUAAAGAGGAAUGUAAAUUCCGGAAUUGAUGCACUGGAAAACAUGACAGGUAGAAGGUUGUCCAAAGAAAACAAAGCCCUUGUAAGAAGCAAGGAAGAUGGAGCAGGUUCUGAGGAGCCACAAAAAGAUGAAAGAGACAAAACAGAAAAAACUGGCCUGAGGAAGGAAAUGGGUGCUAGAAAUAAUUUGUUCGAGCAUCGCAACUCUGAAGAUACUGAAGAUAUGAACGACAGAAAAGUAAGUGCCAAGACAAGCCAUCAAGUGGAGGGAGAAAAUGCAAUGCAAAGAAACCAAGACGACUCUUUGGCAAUGGCAAUGCAAGACACAGGUGUGAUUGGAGAAGCCAGAAAUUAUACACAAGGCACCAACCAUGUCAAAGUUGAAGAAGCUGCCAAGAUCAAACAGAUUGAAGGACAUGAAACGGAAGAAGAUACAGAGGUUGCCUAUGAACAAGAGCCAAAAAGAGAAGCAGAAAAGGGUGACCUUUCCAGCAACUUUAUGUCUGAAUCUGAUGGUAAAGAAGGGAAUAAGGAUGACACAAGCGAUCCCAAUUUUUAAUUUUCGUAUGCUUUUGGAGUGUUUUGUUAAAGUUGUAAUUGUCAUAACUCUUAAACAGUACAAAUAUGUUUAGAAUUAAUGGAAAUAUCACUACAGAGUUAAUGCCUGUGA